GAGAGAGAGAGAGAGAGAGAGAGAGAGACGGGUGAAAAGAGCAACACGGACGAGAAGAGACCUCACAAUACAAGAGAGAACGCGAGAGAGCGGGACAGAUGGAUGACUUGGGGAAAAGAGACAGUGUGAGAUAUUAAAAAGAGAGAAAAGAAGAACAAACUAAAGAAAAAGGACUUUAAAUAAAAAGAGAGAGGAACGAGAUCGAAAGACAUAGAGAGAAGGAAGAAAAGAAGAAGAGCGACGGACGAAUAGCCUGAAGAGACGAGCUAGAGAGAAAGAGAGAGAGAGAGAGAGAGAGAGAGAGAGAGAGAGAUUGGUACUUAUAGAGAUUGUAGGAGCAAUAGAAUGAGACAGAGUGAUCUUGUUAGUGUUUGUGUGUGUUUGUGUGUGUUUGUGUGUCAGAGUUAGUUUAACGUUUAGCUGAUUUGCUAACAUUAGCAGAUGUUAGCUGGUUAUCGCUCAGUGUAGUGUGUGUGAGUGAGUGUGUGUAGGAUUCAUUGUAGCGCUUCAUGCUAGCUGUCGGUCCAGCUCGCUCUGACUCUGAGCAAACUUCUGUACAGGUCAGUGAAGGUUAUUCAAGGUCAUUGUGCGGUUUGGUUUAAGCCCUCAGACGGAGUUUAAGCUUUCGAAAUCUCAGGAGUUGUUUUCUUAUUUAUUUUUUACAGCCGAUAUGUAAAGAAAAUUUAAUUUUUUUUCAUUUGUUACAUUUUGGUGUUUUUUUAGUUUAUAAUUUAUUUUUGUAUUUAUUUGGAAUUGGAUCGUGGAAGAUUAUUUGAUUAUCAGAAAGUGUUCUAGGUAAUUAACAGGUUAUUUGAAAGUAAUUUAUAGGUUGUUUGGAGGUUGUUAGGAGGUUUUAGUAGGUUAGAAACACAUUCUUUGCCAGGUGUAGUAAUGGAGCUGUGGAGGCAGUGUGCAUCGUGGCUCAUUCAGUGCCGAGUUCUUCCUGAGAACCACAGAGUGACCUGGGACAGCGCACAGGUGUGUGACUUAGCCCAGGCCCUCAGAGAUGGAGUUCUUUUGUGUCACCUACUGAAUAAUCUUCUCCCUCACUCGGUCAACCUGCGGGAGAUCAACCUGCGACCACAGAUGUCUCAGUUCUUGUGUUUAAAGAACAUCAGGACAUUUCUGAUUGCGUGUCACGAGCGCUUUGGGAUGAAGAAGAGCGACCUGUUUGAGGCCUUCGACCUUUUCGAUGUCCGAGAUUUUGCCAAGGUGAUUGAGACGCUGUCCAUUCUUUCUCAGACAUCUGUAGCUGUCCAGAGAGGCUACAGGCCGUUUCCUAGUGAAAUCUGUGUUGGAGAUGACGACAUCUAUAAUGGCCUCUCUGACCAGAUGGAUGACACAGUGGACGAGGAUGAUGAUCUGUAUGACUGUGUGGAGGACGAAGAAAACGAGGGAGAUGAAAUUUAUGAAGACUUGAUGAGAACCGAGGAAACACCAGAGACUAAAUUUGAAGUGGACAAGAGAGGCUGCUGUCUUCAGGAAAUCAGUCAGACUGAGGAGAAAUACACACAGACCCUGGAGUCUAUACUACAGCACUUUAUGAGGCCACUGCAGGCUUUCCUCGGACCACCUGACAUAGAAAACAUCUUCAUGAAUGUAGAGGAGUUAGCUGAUAUACAUCGUCGUCUGCUAAGAGAGGUCCAGACGUCGAUAUCCUCAUACGGAGCAGAGAAUCUUUACCAGGUCUUCAUCGAUUAUAAAGAGAAGUUGUUGCUGUACGGUCGAUACUGCAGUCAGGUUGAGUCAGCGACUAAACAGCUGGACAAAAUCGCCAGCGGGCGGGAGGACGUCCGGAUGAAGCUGGAGGAGUGCUCGAUGAGGGCGAACAGUGGGCGCUUCUCUCUUAGAGACCUGCUAAUGGUACCUAUGCAGAGAGUGUUAAAGUAUCACCUGCUGCUACAGGAACUUGUGAAGCACACGGUGAGCCCCGCUGAUAAGGACAACCUACGCACUGCACUUGAUGCCAUGAGGGAUCUUGCUCAGUGUGUGAACGAGGUGAAGAGGGAUAACGAGAUAAUUCGUCAGAUAACAGCCUUUCAGCUCUGCAUUGAGAACAUGACUCAGUCCCUCGCGCUUUAUGGCAGGCCGAAGAUCGACGGAGAGCUGAAGAUCUGCAGCCCUGAAAAGAAAUCUAAGCAAGACAGGUAUGCCUUCCUCUUUGAUAAAGCCCUACUGGUGUGUAAGAAGCGCAGUGGGGAGAGCAUGGAGCUAAAAGACCUUAUCGAACUGCAGCAUGUCCAACUGAGAGACGAACCGUCUGGAGACAAAGAAAAUAAAAAGUGGACACAUACCUUCUUGCUGAUGGAUUCGUAUGGCCAUAGUGGUUAUGACCUGUACUUCAAGACACGUGAGCUGAAGAAGAAAUGGCUGGAACAGUUGAGAUGGCUCUGUGAGUCUAAUAUGUCUCCAGAGAACAGCACGGCGAAUGGCCACGACUUUCAAAUGCACUGUUUUGAUAACACCACGUCCUGUAAAGCUUGUCAGAUGUUGCUCAGAGGGAUCUUCUACCAAGGUUACCGCUGCACACGAUGUAAAAUGGCUGCUCACAAGGAAUGCCUGGGACGGGUUCCAGUGUGUGGACGCAACGCAGAAAACUCAGUGACUUUGAAAAAGAGCAAGUCGAGAGCUGCCACUCUGAGACAGACCAAACCAGGUCUUCCAAAGAUGGAGGUGUGUCACGAUUACUAUGGCGUGCCCCCGCCCCCUGUGGCUUUCGGCCAACCGCUGCACCUAACUGCAGGGGAUGUCGUAGAGCUGACACGUGCAGAUGUUGACUUGCAGUGGUGGGAGGGAAAAAAUCUGACAUUAGGUGAGGUCGGAUGGUUCCCCUGCAGUAAAGUUCAACCCUUCUUAAUGAGACCACCACCAGACCUCACAGGAUUCCUCUGGUUUGCAGGUAACAUGGAUCGUACUGAAGCCAAGAGUCUCCUGAUAUCUCGAUCUGACAGUACGUUCCUGAUUCGGCAAAAAGAUGGAGGAGAGUUUGCCAUCAGCAUCAAGUUUAACAUGGACAUCCGCCACAUAAAGAUCACACUGGCUGAAGGUCUCUACAGAAUCAAUGACAAGAAGGCGUUUAAAGGCCUCAUCGAAUUGGUUCAGUAUUAUCAGGACAAUUCUCUAAAGGAGUGUUUUAAAGAUGUGGACACUCGUCUACUGACUCCAUUCAAGCAGCCGGAGCAGAGUGUGUCCUCACACUCACAAGCGCAUACACACACGCCUACCAGAGGAAUGAGUGAGCGAUAUUUCGGCACGGCAAAAGUUCGCUAUGAUUUCUCAGCGCGGGACCGGACCGAGCUGUCUCUCAGAGAGGGGGACACGGUGAAGAUCAUCUCCAAAAAGGCACACAACGGCUGGUGGAAAGGAGAAGUCUACGGCCGGGUCGGAUUGUUUCCUGCAAACUAUGUAGAGGAGGAACAUUCAGACUACUGCUGAUCUGCUGAGUCAUUCGCCCUCUGAGUGACUCAGUGACUCUUCUACAGCCAAUUGAGUUAUUUACUGAAUCGUUUAGACACUAAAUGAUUCUUGACCAUGUGUGUGUGUGUGUGUGUGUGUGUGCGUGUGUGUGUGCGCAUGUGUUUUUUUUACUGUAUUUGAAACCGGAUUUACAAAGUGCUGAUUUUCUGAUUUAUUUCCAUAUCGAGGACUCUGAACCGCUUGUGUUCGACUCCAGAUGAAGACUAUGAUUGAUGUAGAACUCUGUAAAGCUAGUGGGUGUGCGGGUCAUGUGACGCUUUUAAGGCGAUUUUAUUGGUCGGAUGUUUAUUAUUUUGCUUAAUUUUUUUUAUAGCGAGUCCAUAGAAAUGAAAUUGUACAGUGUUUGUGAAACUGCAGAUUUUCAUAAAGCAUAUUGUAGUUUCUGA